UUUCUAUAAACCAUGCUGUAGAUUAUGAUUGGUGACGCCUAUCAACACUCCAGCAACGGGAAGGAAUGGGUUCUGGUCAACAAGAAAGACCGUCCGAUAUUCAAGGCCGGUGACACGAUGACUCUCAAAUUCUUCGGCAACUACAAAGGAGGGAAGCCAGCACCAGAUGGAUCUGCCCUGCUCAUGAACAUGGGUGUGGACUCCUGGAAAUUCGACACAGCACCUGAUCAUGACAACUCCAAGUACAACUACAACGACGUCUUGUACAAGUCCAUUUUGUUCUACGAGACUCAGAGAUCCGGAAAGCUUCCAGCGUCGAACCGUAUUCCUUACAGAGGAGACUCAGCAUUGCACGACCAAGGGGAGAAUGGAGAGGACCUGACCGGGGGCUGGUAUGACGCCGGUGACCACGUCAAGUUCAACUUUCCCAUGUCCUACAGCACCACGGUGCUCACCUGGGGUUAUCUCCUCUUCCCCGAGGCCUACAAGGCUGCAGGUCAGGAGGACGAGUUCCUGGACUGUAUACGGUGGCCGUUGGAAUAUCUGCUCAAGUGUCACACAGGGCCCAAUGAGCUGUAUGUGCAGGUGGGAGAUGGCAACCGUGACCACAACUACUGGGGUCCACCUGAGAAGAUGACUAUGCCGAGACCGUCCUACAAGAUCACUGCGUCCAAGCCAGGAAGUGAUGUUGCCAUGGAAACCGCUGCCGCUAUGUCCGCUGGUUAUCUGGCUUUCAAACACAAAGUUACAAUAUUUAUUUCCCAGUUGCUGCUGUACAAAGCUACAGGAGAAGCCAAGUAUAAGCAGGCCAUAGAGGGCACGUACAGAUCAUGGUUCCCUGGUGGCGACAUCAAAUACACACCAAAGGGCUUGGCUUUCAGACUGCAGUGGGCAUCGCUCAGAUACGCUUCCAACAUGGCCAUGGGUGCACUGAUUGCGGCUAAACUGGGAGUGAACCCCGGACCAUACCGCCACUGGGCCAUGUGCCAGAUCCACUACGCCCUGGGAGACACUGGCUUCAGCUACCUCAUCGGAUUCGGGAACAAAGGCUAUCCCCGCAGUCCACAUCACAGAUCCAGCUCAUGCCCCAACUUGCCUGCUCCGUGCGGACCGUUCGUCCGGGCCAGCAGUGAGCCCAACGUUCAUAUACUGUACGGAGCUCUAGUCGGAGGUCCUGGAGGUGGCGAUGAUUACUCCGACAACCGUAUGAACUACGUCAAUAACGAGGUGGCCACAGACUACAACGC